ACACUUACAACAACAAUAUAUACUUCUAUUAGUUACUAUUAUUGUUCAUUAUUUCUUUUUAUUAGCACUUUUGUAGUACUUGUAAUAGGAGAAAGAAAUUCACAAAAAAAAAAAAAAAAAAAAAAAAAAAGAAUGUGUGAUAAUGAUGAAGUGAAGAAAGAAGUGGUGGUAGAAGAAAAAUAUUGUUAUGAGGAAGAAGUAGAGUUAACCGUGCACAAAACUUCAAUGUUUAACCAAGGAGAUGGGUUCAUAGUGUAUGACUCCAAGGGUGAUAUCGUCUUUCGAGUCGACACGUACGCUCCGACUAAGAAUCGCCUCCUUCUCAUGGAUGCCUUUGGCAAGCCCCUCCUCACUCUCCUCCCUAAGAGGCCUACACUUCAUCAUAGGUGGGAAGGAUUCUUAGGGGAGAAAUCCAACGAUCAACAACAACAACUACAACCAAUUUUCAACAUAUGGAAGUCAACCUUAAUCGGACGGUCGAGCUUAAACGUGGAAAUCAACGGUGGAUCUAAUGCAAUGUACCAAAUUGAGGGUUGUUUCAGUGAGAGAAAUUGCACCAUAUAUCAUGUAACAUCAUCAGAUCAUGGUGAUGCAUUGAAAGAAUCAGUGGCUACGAUUAAACGAAAAGUGGAGCCCACAAGAAAAAUAGUGUUAGGAAGAGAUGUAUUUAGUCUUGUUCUUAAGGCUGGUUAUGAUGCUGCUUUUGUUAUGGGCUUAGUUUUGGCACUUGAUAGAAUUGAUGGUGAUGAUGUUGUUGCUCCCAUUGAAUGUCACAAGGACAUUGAUGCAUAGCAUUGGUAAAAUUGUUUGUUACGCCCUAGGGGAAAUUUUAUUUUUCCGUUGGGUGCACAUGUGAAAAUCUUAUCCGUUUUAUUUACUACUUUUUGAUUUCAAUCAAUUUACUAGUGUCAUCAAAUAAGACCUAAUUGUUCAUAAAGAUAUUGUGUAUUAUCAA